AUGUGGAAACAAAGAUUUCCUGUGAAGCUUGAAAAUAAAGUUGAAGCUAGAAUGGAGAUAGAUGAAUGGUCAAUCACCUUUGCUUUUCCAAAUGGGGAAAGGCUCAAAAGAGGUUCAAGUUUGCCUGGAAUCUAUUCCUUUUUACCAACAGAAACAGUCACACACUUUCCUUUCAUAAUCCAAGCUGAUUUUCUCAUGGCAUCUUCAAGGGAAAAUAUCCUCUGGGACAACAGAUGGAACCAGGGAAUUCUUGAUUUUCUUCCUGUUGCUUUUAUAAAUGCGUUUACCUUGUUGGUGAAAUCAACAAAAAAUGCAUCUUUUGUUUCCAGUCUCCCAAACAUGUUUCACUUCUUACCUAUCAACAAGUCAUCUCAUCCAAAGCUGAACAAUGUCAGGGACACCAUUAAAGCAAAGUUGAUGAACGAGAGUAUUGUCCCAUGUGAGUCUUUCACUACACAGAAACUGUUCCAGAAACCCAAUGAAGUUGGUAGGCUGAAGCCCGCCUUUUGGAGCAUAAUCAACAAGGCAAGGAGCCAAAAGGUGAGUUUUUGCAAUGAUUCAUCCUGUGGAACCUAUCUUCUUGCUUCUUCACUUGAUAAAAAAGAGUACAAUGCUGUUCUGGAUUUUUUGGAAAUCAAACUUGUUAAGCAUCAAUGGUAUGCAAGAUUCAUUGUGAGCUCUAAGCUUGCAAUGGGUGUCUCAGAGGAUGUUUAUAUACAGCUUCUGGUAUUCAUCGCAGAGAAUUGGGGGUUUGAUUUUUACCAAACCGACAUCAUGAAAACACCAUUGAUCAAGUAUGUUGGGGGAGAUGGGAAGGUUGAUUUAGUUACUCUGGGUACAAACAAGUUGCUAGCUUCUGAUUAUGAUGAUAUUUCAUGGUUGAUUAAUUGGAACAAAGAGUUCCAAGGUUCAACUGGUAAACAUUUUUUACCUAAAUCCACACAAGAAGCCAUACGAUCAUGUGCAAAGAAGUCAACACUAGUGAAGUGGCUUAAAGAGAAAGCAAAUGUUAAUUUUGUCAGUGUUUAUGAAUAUGCUCUUCAUCUUCUUACUAGUAGUUCAGUUAACAGAGACCACAAGCUGGCUGUCACUUAUGCUCAUUUCCUCUACAGGUCUUUACAAAAGAAGUACUUGGAGGAAUAUCAGGUUCAGAGUCUGUGUAGUGAGAUGCCGAUUGUUGAUAACUAUGGGAAUGUAACUCAAACAAGAAGUGGAGUUCUUGUACCUUCCAAAGGAAGCAGAUGGGUGGAGCUGAUUGGUUCAAAUCCUUUGAGGCAGCAUAAUUAUGUUGAGCUGGGUGAAGAUUAUACACGUCGUGUCACCUAUUUUGGUGAUGCUACUUCAGGCCAAGAGCUUGUUUCGUUUCUUCAAAAAUAUGUUGGAGCUUCUGAUGUUCCUAAUCUAUUCCCCCCUAAUGCUGCUAUUCCUACUCUCUCUACUCUCACUAAAAAAAACACAUUCCUGCUUCUAGAGUGGCUUCACUAUAUAAGGACAAAGGGGAGUACAUUACCAGAAAGGUUUUUGUCUUCAAUAAAAAAUAGCAGCUGGUUGAGGAUCUCUUCGGGCAGUGGUUCUGGCUAUCGCCCACCAUCAGAGUCAUUCAUGCCAGACUCAUCAAUCGGGAAUCUUGUAAAGAAAGGUUCGAAUCUUGUUGAUGUCCCAUUGAUUGAUUUGAAAUUUUAUGGUGUUGGGAUGAAGGAUUACAAAGAAGAGUUACGAACAAUUGGUGUUGGGUUUGAGAAUGCAGAAGCCUGUGAACAUAUCGGUAAGCGUCUCAUGUCUCUUGCAGCUAAUUCUAAUCUUAAAAGAGACGAUUUCAUUUCGAUACUCAAGUUCAUUAAGUAUCUAGGAGCGAAUUAUAUCUCCCCUGCUGAGUUCAUUAGAAGUAUCAGAGGAGGAAAGUGGGUUAAGACAUCUCGAGGUGAUAUGACUCCUAACAAUUCUGUUUUAUUCAGUCAAGAAUGGAAUGCUGCUUCACAGAUAAGUGACAUUCCAUUCAUAGAUCAAAAUUACUAUGGGAAUGACCUAAUUUCUUUCAAGGAAGAACUUCAACUACUUGGUGUGGCUGUGAAGUUCAACCAGAGGUAUCAGCUUGUUGUAGAUUACCUCAAGUCCUCAUCUUCACUGGCUUCUUUGUCAUCUGAAGCCAUGUUACUCAUAUUAACAUGCAUUAAGAGUUUGGUAUCUUCAGAUAAGCUUGUCCAAGAGAUUAAAAAUACGAAAUGCUUGAAGACAAAUUUGGGUUACAGAUGCCCAUUUGGAUGUUUCUUGUUGAAUCCAGAAUCUCAGUGGGGCUGCCUUCUUCAAGUCUUUGGAUCAUUCCCGGUUCUUGAUGUACAGUUUUAUGGGAGAUCAAUCUUUUCGAUGUCGAAUGAAUUAAAGAAAAUCGGUGUCAUGAACUGCAUUUCAAAAGAGAAAUGGCUACGAACGAGACUUGGUGACUACAGAUCUCCAAAAGAGUGCAUUCUUUUUGGUAAAGAUUGGGAACCAUUUUCUCCAAUCUGCCACCUUCCCUUCAUUGAUGACAGCAACAACUUUUAUGGUAGUGGGAUCCAUGAAUAUCGUGCAGAGCUGAAGAGGUUGGGUGUUAUCACGGAUUUCAAAGAUGGUGCCAAGUUUGUGUCUAAUGGUUUUUUCUUACCUCAAGAUUGCAGUAGCCUUACUCCUGCAAAUGUUUACGCCCUGCUUGAUUUUGUUAAGAAACUGAAAGAAGAGAGUGGAACGGAUCUUCCUGCUGAAUUCCUAGAGAAAGUUUCUCAAAAGAAUUGGUUAAAAACCUAUUUUGGCUACAAACGUCCUGAUGAGUGCUUGCUUUUCGAUUCUUCCUGGGAUUCCUUGUUGAAAUGCAAAGAUGGUCCUUUUAUCGAUGAAGGAUUCUAUGGAACUCGCAUUGGAUCCUACAGAAAGGAGCUUAAUGUUUUAGGAGUUAUCACUGAUUCCAACAAGGAAUGCCAGUUGCUUGCUGGUUACCUCAACUCUCACACCAAUUUUGAAACAAUUUCUCGAAUAUAUAAUCACUUGUCUACAUUAAAGUGGGAGCCUGCUGACGAAGACAAGAAAAGGAUUUGGAUCCCUAGAGGAAGGUGGGUAAUGCCUGAAGAUUGUGUUCUCCAUGACGAUAACAACCUAUUUGGUGAACAGCUGAACGUUUUGGAGAAUUGCAAGUAUGAAGACAAGAUUCUCGGCUUCUUUGCGAAAACUUUCAAUGUGAAAGUUUGUCCCUCGGUUGAAGACUACUGUAAGCUUUGGAAGACAUGGGAAACUUCAGGACGCCAGAUAACACAUGAGGAAUGCUGUGCCUUUUGGGAGUUUGUGGUCCGAAAUUGGUACCCAAGAACAGAAAAUACUUUCAAGAACUACUUAUGGAAACUCCCUGUUUUGGAUCCUACUUCCAAUGGAAUUUUUCUGGUUGAUAAGCGUGAUCUGUUUAUUGGUGAUGAUCUUUUCUUGACUGAUCUGUUUAAAAGCUGUUCUCGUCGCAUUUUCGUAUGGUUUCCUCAACCCAGUCAGAAAACCCUAACCCGAACCAAGCUUGUGGAGAUCUACACCAGACUUGGUGUUCGUGCAUUGUCUGAAUCUGUAAAGAAAAACACAUCUGAUGUCGAUCAUGAUGCAUUCAAGCCGGUUGAUUCAAAAGAAAAGAUAAUAAAAAAAGGGUUGUUAAAACUCAUUCUGGGCUUUCUUGCUGAUCCUAAACUUAAAAUGGAGGCAGAUAAGAGACAUGAAGCUGUUAGCCGUUUAAUAGCAACCGAAGUUGUUGAGACAUUGAAAAAGAUGACCAUCCGUUACAGACUUUCUUUAUCAUCUGGAGAUGUGUUGGAUGUGGAAUCAAGGAGAAUGGUACGUUGGGACAAACAGCACUUCAAAUUAUAUAUGCAGAAGAUGGAGAGAUCUUCGGGUCAUAAAAAUGUUAUGGAAUAUGCGUUUCAUUUUGCUGAAGAAAUAGCGGAGGGAGUGUUGUGGGAGAAUGAAGAGCUUGUUCCAGAUCUGUGUGAACUGAUCCGAUUGGGUUAUAUGGUGGAGUUUGAAGAGGAAGAAAUUGAUUUCCUGAUGAAGAUGAAGAAUCUGCAGAUCUUUGUGGAGGAUCAAGACUACCUUUCUUCCACAUUCUUCUCUCCAAAGGUAUGCUCUUCACCUGUUUUUACCUUAUUCCCUCUUUUGUAUUAUCUAUUAUUAUAA